UGGAUGUCCGGGGUUGCAUCUUGUUUAAGUGUCUUCCCAUUUUCUUUUACUUUUUUAGUUUAAUUCUUGGGGUGAUGUUCAUAAAUUGCUUAUGGUAGGCUGUUUUAUUGCUAGUAUUUAGAACCCUUAACAGAUGACUACUUCUCUGUAGUAUCUUCCAGGUGUACUGCUUUUUGGGUUUUGUGUCUGUUGCAAGAUCCUAUGUCUUCAGCUUAUUGGGAAUGAGAAGUUGCUGCGUGUUUGUCGCAGUCCCUGAUUCUUUGGCACUUUGAUGGUUUUUCUAGGAUCCUUAGCCAAUCUCAGUCCUGGAAUACCAGGAAGAGUAGCUGUUUAGAACAAUUAUGUCUCUUUUGGCUAAAGUGGUGCCAUCAACAAUCACAGUAGUAUGAAUCACAGCCUAGAAAAUGACAAAACUGAAGUAACCAUUAAUUUGCCACAUUUAAUCAUAUGAACUAGAUUUGUGGUUAUAUAACAAAAUCUAAAACAGACCUGAAAAUUAUAUGCAAUAUAUGUCUUUAAUAUGUCAACUUUACCCUCAGGGGUUAAAAUUUAAAAGUGAUUGGGGAAAAAAUAGAGAGGUAGAACAGAUUAGAAGUAAGGCUGGCAAACAAAGAGGGAUCAUGCUAUAUUUGGGAAAUUAGUGCAGAAGACUAGAGGGAAAGAGAGAAGGAAGAGAUAAAAAGAACAGAAUAAAACAAGAACCAUGAAGAGGCUAGAAACCAUGUUCAAACUUACAUGUAAACAAUAUCAAACAAUAAAGGAAAAAAUACAGCAACAAGAACACAACAACAAUAGCAAAAAGCAAAGAAGAGAGAGAUGAAAAAGUCCACUUCUGGGUUUGCUGUCUCUGGGAGAUAUGUGCAGACAGGGUCUCAAUCCAUGUUGAUUUAGUCCUGCGAGUCAGUAGUAGCUUUCUGGUGGGGUAGUGAGCCUGAAUCUUCUGGUCAAAGCUAGACUCAUUUGGCCUGAAGCCAUCAGUGCACUUUCCAAGGGCCUGAGCCCUGCUGGGUUCAGCUGGAUGAAACCAGCAGCUGCUCUGAGUUCUGAGCUCAACCUGCCCCUCUCCAGGUGGCUCCCAGCCAAUCACUAUUUACGCAGGAUGAUAGAGCCCCCAGCACUCAUCACCAGCUAGUGGAGUCUUUCACAUCUACUGCUCCCCUCCAUUGCUGUGUCUCUGUCUCGUCUGGGGUUGCCAACAGUCCACAGGUUUGAACUGCGUCUCCAUACUCUCUUGUCUCAGGAAGAAGAUUUGAUGUGUGCUCCCCAUUUCCUUCAGUGCUUGGCAGCCUGCUGUGCAAAGACGUCACCUUUUCCCUUUUUUUGAGAUGGCUCAGAAUUUCACAAACCUUACUUCUGACUGUCAGUAUUGGCUGCAGAAGCUUUCUGCAUUAGAUCAGGCUUCUACUUUGGAAACCCAGAAGGACACCUGUCUGCACCUGCCUCAGUUCCAGGAGUUCCUGAGGCAGAUGUAUGAAGCCUUGAAGGAGAUGGAUUCUAAUACAGCCAUGGAAAGAUUCCCCACAAUUGGUCAACUGUUGGCGAAAACUUGUUCAAAUCCUUUUGUAUUAGCAUAUGAUGAAAGCCAAAAGUUUCUGAUACAGUGCUUGUGUUGCCUGAUUAACAAAGAACCACAGAAUUCUGGAGAUUCAAAACUUAAUUCCUGGAUACGGGGCCUGUUAUCUCAUAUACUUUCUGCAUUCAGAUUUAAUAUAAAAGAAUUUGAUCUUUUCACUCAAGGCCUUGGGUAUGAGCCUGUAGAUUACUGUCCUGCUUUGCUUAAAAAUAUGGUUUUAUCAUUAGUGUCCAAACUGAGAGAGAGUCAUCUUAAUGGAUUUAACACUCGAAGGCGGAUGGCUCCUGAACGAGUGGCAUCCUUGUCACAAGUUUGCAUCCCACUUGUUACCCUGCCUGAUUUUGAACCCCUGGUGGAGGCCCUGCUCAUCUACCAUGGACAUGAACCUCAGGAAGUCCUCUGUCCAGCAUUCUUCAAAGCUGUAAAUGAGGCCUUUUUGCUGAAGAAGAUUUCUCUCCCCACAUCAGCUGUAGUAAGCCUCUGGCUUCGGCAUCUUCCCAGCCUUGAAAAAGCAGUGCUACAUCUUUUCACAAAGCUGAUCUCCAGUGAGAGAAAUUGUCUGAGAAGGAUCGAAUGCUUUAUAAAAGAUUCAUUGCUGCCUCAAGCAGCCUGCCACCCCGCCAUAUUUAGAGUUGUUGAUGAAAUGUUCAGGUUUGCACUCAUGGAAACCGAUGGAGCCCUAGAAGUAUUAGCUGCUGUUCAAGUAUUUACACGCUGCUUUGUGGAAGCUCUGGAAAAAGAAAACAAGCAGCUGAAGUUUGCACUCAAGACCUAUUUUCCUCACAUCUCUCCGUCCCUCACCGCUGUGCUGCUGCAACACCCCAGAGAUACCCCACAGGGAUGCCACCACCAGCUACUGCAGCAUGUUUCCCUGAUGCUCCGAAAAGCAGUGGAAGACCAGGCUUGUGGGUCCUGCAGAGACCCCUUUGAGAGCUGGUUUUUGUUUAUUCACUUUGGAGGCUGGGCUGAUUUGGCGGCUGAGCACUUACUGAGGUCGGCAGUAGAAGCCCCUGCGGCAGCGGAAGCCCCUGUGGCAGCACUGCUGUGGCUCUUGGCUUUCUACUACAGGCCCCUGGACUCCCAUCAGCAGAGAGCACAGACCAUGGUAGAGAUGGAAGCAGUGCUCAGCCGCCUCCGAUUCCUGACACUGUCCAGAAGCUCCCCCAUAUCUGCUGAGGAGCUGCGGGCAGCUGCCGGGGAGGACAGCCACGAGGACCCCAUGCAGCCUGUGUGUGGACGGCUGAUCAGGCACCUGCUCCUCAACUUCCUGCUGUGGGUACCGGCAGGCCAUGCAGCUGCUCACGAUACCAUCACUCUGAUGGCCUGCACUGAUGAGAUAUCUCAUGAGAUCACUGGCUUUCUGGACCAGACACUAUACAGAUGGGAUCAUCUUUGCACUGAAGCCCCUAGGCCAGCAAAACUGGCCAGAGAGCUCCUUCAGGAGCUUCGAGCUCGGGUCUAGCAAGGAAUGUGGACCAAACGGAUGCUUGGGGGAUGCAGAGUGUCAGCCUUGCCAGUUCCACAGAGGAUGGGGGGGGACCCCUCCUGCCUGUGGACACCGGUUUGAGGACCAAGUCCUUUGAGCUGGGAAGUGAGCUAUGCACAUCUUCUUUUUCUCUUUUUGUGGUUCUGGGGAUCCAACUCAUAGCCUUGCAUUUGCCAGGCAGGCGCUUACACCACUGAGGUAAAUCUCCAGCCCAAACUGUACACAUCUUAAACUUGGGCAGGAUACAGGGUUGGGAUGAUCUGGCAGUGCCAAAGCCCAAGCACGAGGGAUUGCUGGACCUUGGGUGGUCUCUCUACCCGCUCUACCUAGGAUGCUGUUGUUUACUUAAGCAGGAGGGCAGACUCUGUUUCCUUUUUGACAGACCAAGCCAGAAUGGAUAACUACCUCUUGACAGUGGACCAGGGUCUUGAACCCCUGGUCAAUUUAGCCCUUUUCCAUAAAUUACUCUCUAGGAAUCAGGUGGUCGUGACUGAUGUUUUAUUCUUUGAGAUCUAAGACAAAGACACUGCCUCACUUCCUUAAGAAACUCUUUAUCCAGGAGUCAGGAUCCCUCAGGUUCCCUUUUACCCCUAACCUGUCCAGCCAGACAGCAGAGGAGGCAGAAAGUGGGACUGAUGUGCCAUUGGGUUGCUGCACAGGGCAGCCCUGCGGAGGACGGCACACACUGUGAAAGCAAGCCAGUCCUGGCUGUGGUCGCUGACAAGAUCACUGACGAGGAGCUCGUGGUACAGCACAGACUGCUGCCAGGCGACAUACAUGACCAGCCCAGCACGUGUCAGACCCAGCAGGGAGGGCUGAUGUAUCGGCUGUGUGUGUCACUGAAUGGUAAGGGGAACUGGAAAUUCUUAAGAAAGAACUGGAAAACUCAGGGUUAAUGUGCGUUCACAUCAGCAGAAGCUCUCAGUCUUCCAGAUGCACCCUUACUUGGUAUUGGCCAUACACUGUGUCCUGGGUUUGUGACACAAGUUGAAACCUUCCAUGUCCUGGGUUUCUCUAUUAAGUCUCUGAAUCUUGGUUCCUCUUUCAGUAAUAAGUAGCAUCUUGUGGGCCCAAAGUCAGCCUUUGGCGAGUCAGCCUUUUAACUCGUGUUGGUUAUAGCAGUGUUCACAGCACCCCAGACAGCCGGAGAAGGCCAGGAACUGCUGCCCUGAGCCUCCACCCCACACCUGCCCAAGGCGCCCCUCUCCUAGGCCGUGUGACGUGGCUGCUGCUGCCACAGAAACUGAAGGAGGUCUGGACAGGCCAGAGGCUUCACAGUGGUGGUCACAAGGAACCUCUAAAAAGCAGAGCCACCAGGAGCAAGCCCUCCUUGUGGGCAUGGGACCCACGGGAAAGACUGAGCACUGACCCCCUUAUUUGGUCAGGCCACACAGUCUCCCCACGUCACUGACUAGCCCCGUCUUCCCAGUGAUGCAGGCCAAACUGUUCAGCCAUGGAUUCCCCUCACUGCCACCCAGCCCACUAGGAACUCUCCCCCAGGCUGACCCUGUCUCACUCCCACUACUUAGCAUCAUCUCCUGCCCAGUGAAUUCUGUUGAGGGAAUAUACCCAGAUAGGAGCUCAGGACAUGAUGAAUGCAUUUCAGUCAGCUAGGGAAAGGUUGUGGGAAACAAAAACCAAAAUAAACACUGCAGAAUAAA